CAUGCUAGUCAAACUGGACCAAUUCAUCCUUGACAGUUUCAAACUGGGCGCCUUACUGCUCACACGGCCUGCCUUGGCCUGGAUCACAUGAUCCACCGUGUGACGAGCCAGAGAUUCACCUUUCACCCCUGGAGGGAGUUGCACCUUCACAGCUGGGAAUUUAAACCACUGUGGAAGAAGCAUACGAAGCUUACAAUUGUGUAAUACUGCAAACGGCAUCCACCCUUGGGUGCCAUGGAGGAGUUUGGGGGUAGGAGGCCCCACAUGUCAGGUGCAGCAUGAAUGACUGAGGCCCCACUUAUUCUAGCAUCAACCCUCUAGUGCCCUGUUGCCUCACAUUGGCUGUGCCCAUGGCAUCCAGUUAUCCUCCUCCUCUGGAGGGAUCUGCAGAGGUGAAGGAGGGCUUCCUGUGUCCUCUGUGUCUAAAGGACCUGCAGUCCUUUUACCAACUGCAGGAUCACUAUGAGGAGGAGCACUCAGGAGAGGAGCGACAUGUACGUGGUCAGAUUAAAAGUCUGGUGCUGAAGGCCAAGAAGGCCAAAGACAAGCUGCUUAAGCGGGACGGAGAGGAGCGGAAUGAGACCAGUUACGAGUCUUUUUACUGCGGGGGAGUGGACCCAUACAUGUGGGAGCCCCAGGAGCUUGGAGCUACCAGGAGCCAUCUAGACCUUUUCAAGAAACACAGAGCUGAGAGGAUUGACCACUAUGUCAUUGAAGUUAAUAAACGUCUCAUCCGGCUUGAGAAGCUGACGUCUUUUGACAGGACCAACAUGGACGCAGGAAAAAUCAGAGCAAUGGAGAAGUCUGUGGUGGCUUGGGUGAAUGACUCGGAUGUGCCCUUCUGUCCGGACUGCGGGGGAAAGUUCAACAUUAGGAACCGCCGUCACCACUGCCGCCUGUGUGGCUCCAUCAUGUGCAGGAAGUGCAUGGAAUAUGUCCCCUUACCGUUAGCUUACAAACUGACCAGUGGGAAUCGCGACGGCCUGAGUGCCCCAGCAGGCAGCCCUGGGCAGAAGGAGUCGUCUGGGGGCUCAGUGGUCCCGUCCCUCCCUCGGCGCGGCAGCAUCAGCAGCCUGAGUUCGGUCAGCUCCGUGCUGGAGGAGAGGGACGACGACCGCAUCCGCUGCUGCCACCACUGCAUGGAUACGCUGCUGAAACGCCAGGAGAAGCUGGAGGAGAAGGACCACGUGCCAGACAUUGUCAAACUCUAUGAGAAACUGAGACUUUGCAUGGACAAGGUCAAUGAGAAGGCUCCGGAAUACAUCCGCAUGGCUGAGUCUUUAAAUUCGGGUGAGACGACCUAUAACCUGGACACAGCGGGCGGCCUUAGGAUGGAGGUGCAGAAGUACUAUGAGCUCAUUGAUGCACUCAGUAAGAGGAUUCUGACACUCGGAUUAAAGGAGGAACCUUCGCCUCGCCCAAAGACUCUUCAGCUACAGAAGAUGGUGCGCUACAGUGCCACGCUGUUUGUUCAGGAGAAGCUUCUGGGUCUCAUGUCUUUGCCCACCAAGGACAAGUAUGAAGAGCUGAAGGAGCAGAGAAAAGAGGAGCUGGAGAGGAGACUACAACAGGAGAGACAGGCUCAGAAGCGCAGGUCGGAGGUGGAGAGGAGUCGUCCAGCCCCCAACACCAACGGUGAGGCCCCCACCGCAGCGCGUCCCCCCUGUAUGACCAAGGCAGGCGGCUGGCUGCCCUCGUCGGACACGUUGCACACGCGGCAGCUGGAUGACCCGCUGCUCCAGCAGAUCGACAACAUCCAGAGCUUCCUGCGGCAGGCGCGAGCGGCUGGCCGCAUGGACGAGGCCACCGUGCUGGAGGAGAACCUGCGGCAGCUGCAGGACGAGUACGACCUACAGCAGACCAGCCGCGCCAUCGAGCUCUCCAAGAGGCAGGCCGAGGAGGAGAGCCUGCAGCAAGAGCAGCUGGCGCGCCUGGAGUUGAAGGAGCGAGAGCGCGGGCAGUGGCAGGAAAAGGAGCAGGGAGGAGGAGGAGGAGAAGAAGAGGAGCAGGCAGCGGUGGAGGAAGAGGAGGACAAGAGCUACACCCUGGCCAGACUAAGCACAUCUCCACCCAGAGCAGCCAGCAUAAAGAGCUUCCCGCCGCUGGGUGAGUCUCCCCCGACCGCAUCAGACCAAGCCCUGUCACUCAACCCCUUUGACGACGAAGACUCCACCCCAGUGGAGGAAGACGCUUCCAACCCGUUUGCUGAGGACAUCCAGAAAGAACAGAGGGCAGCCGUAGCCAACGGCAGAAAGGAGUACAACCCCUUUGAGGAAGAAGAGGAGGACGGAGUUGAGACCAAGAAGGAAACUCCAGUGGGUGGAAACCCUUUUGAGGAUGAUGAUGGUGGUGCAAGGCACCUGUUUAGGGAGGCGACAGCUAGCACGCCACCUGGAGCAGCCAAAAAUCCCUUCGAUGAGGACGACGCUGAUGCCUCUGCAGCAUGUGAGAUCAUCGAGGAGGAGCUUCUACGGCAGCAGAUUGAUAACAUCCGCGCCUAUAUCUUUGACGCCAAACAGAACGGACGCGCAGAUGAGGUGGAGCUGCUGUCUGAGAACCUGCGUGAGCUGCAGCGCACCCUUCAGGAACAGAAGAGAAAAGCCACCUGAGCCCUCUGGUGUCGUCACGUUUUCUCUUUUUCUUUCUCUCUCAUCCGCUAAUUCUACUCCUGUCUUUCCAUCAGGUCUGCUUUUCUGUCUCAUUUUACUAUAAACACUAGUAGUUUCUCCCAUUUGUCUCAUAAAAGCAGGACAGCCA